ACAGCUCUGAGUACUCCGAUAGCUCGGAUUACCGCGAGGAUAGCGAUGACGUCCGUCAACGUGAACACGAAGAGCGCAUGGAGGCGGCAAAGAUUGCGCGUUUGGCACGCUUCGAGUUGGCCAAGGCAAAGCGCAGUCCAAGCAAGCUUCGUUGCCCAAUUAUAUGCAUCAUGGGGCACGUUGAUACCGGUAAGACGAAGAUAUUGGAUAACAUUCGACGAACCAACGUCCAAGACGGAGAAGCUGGCGGUAUUACGCAGCAAAUUGGUGCGACUUUUAUUCCCAAGGAGUCUCUCCUCGAGCGAACGGCGCAGCUAAACAAGGGUGAAUGGGACUUGCGAGUUCCCGGUUUGCUCGUUAUCGAUACCCCAGGACACGAGUCUUUCACAAACUUGCGUUCGAGAGGUUCGUCACUUUGUGAUCUCGCCAUUCUCGUCGUUGAUAUCAUGCACGGCUUAGAGCCGCAAACGAUAGAAUCGUUGAACAUGCUUCGAUCGCGAAAGACGCCUUUUGUGAUUGCGCUCAACAAAAUCGAUCGCAUGUACGACUGGACGGAAAAUACCAACUUCCCAACACAGGAGACUUUGUCCUUACAAAAGGAUCACGCUCGACGCGAGUUCCAAGAUCGUUACGACAAGAUCGUCAUCGAGUUUGCUGAGCAAGGUUUGAACGUGGCGAAGUACUGGGAGAACCCGGACCCACGUACUUUCAUCAACAUCAUCCCAACCUCUGCUAUUACGGGUGAGGGGAUGCCGGACAUUUUGCAAACGCUUGUUGACUUGUGCCAAAAUCGCAUGAACGAGCGCAUUCAAUACGUGCCUGCCGUACAGUGUACCGUGCUUGAAGUGAAGAUGAUCGAAGGUCUCGGUACGAGCGUUGACGUCAUUCUCAUCAACGGUAAGCUCAAGGAAGGACAGACAAUCGUCGUUGCUGGGUUAGAGGGGGCGAUUACGACUCAAAUUCGUGCAUUACUUACACCGCAGCCCAUGCGAGAGAUGCGGGUGAAGGGAAGCUACAUUCAUCACAAGGAAAUCGAAGGCGCUCAAGGGAUCAAGAUCGUCGCCACUGGAUUAGAGAAAGCUGUCGCAGGUACGUCUCUUUUGGUGCUCGAUCCUGAAGACGACGAAAUGGAACUCAGGGAAGAGGUUUUAAGUGAUAUGAAGGGCGUGCUUGCUCGUGUUGAUAAGAGUGGCGAAGGCGUGUACGUGCAGGCGUCUACGCUCGGUUCUUUGGAAGCCUUGUUGGAGUUCUUGAAAUCUGACGCGGUCAAAAUUCCCGUCGCCGGCAUCGCCAUUGGCCCGGUAAACAAACGGGACGUCAUGGGUGCGAGCGUCAUGCACGAGCGCAAAAAGCCCGAGUAUGCUACUAUUCUGGCUUUUGACGUGCCGGUGACGAAGGAGGCGCACGCAAUGGGCGAAGAGCUCAACGUUCGCAUCUUCACCGCCGACAUCAUCUACCACUUGUUUGAUCAAUUCACGGCGUACAUGGAAAAGGUCAAGGCAGACAAGCGUGAAGCCGCGUCGCAGCACGUCAACUUCCCUUGCAUCUUGCAAAUCAUGCCCAACUGCGUGUUCAACAAGCGCGAUCCCAUCGUCGUUGGUGUUGACAUUGUCAAGGGGGUCGCUCGCGUGGGGACGCAAAUUUGCAUCCCAUCGCAAGGUUACAUCGACAUUGGUAAGAUUGCUUCGAUGGAACUCAACCACAAGGAGGUGAAGAAGGCAACUGCCGGUCAAUCUGUGGCGAUGAAGAUCGAACCGAGAACGCCCAGUGAAUCUUCGCGACUUUACGGUCGCCAUUUUGAUCAUAAAGAUCAGCUCGUAUCGAGAAUGACGCGCGAGUCGAUCGACAUGUUGAAGGAAAGCUUCCGUGAAGAAUUGACGAAGGAUGAUUGGCGUCUCGUCGUCGCUCUCAAGACGCAAUACGAGAAGGCCACGGGUGAAACGAUUUAGUUUGGUGAUGCGUUGAUUGACUUGACUAG